AUAUUUUUUAUAAACGCAAAACGUACACCACUCACUGAAAUAUCCAUUCCAAUAUUUAUUCAAAGGAAAUUCUGCAAAUUGUUCAUUCUUCCAUAAAGCAAGAUGGACUUGUCGUUCUUCCAAAACCGUAAUUCUGAAUUCUCGUUUGAAUCUUCUUCUUCCUUCAACUCUCUAGAAUAUUAUUCUCACGAUGAUCAUCUCUCAUGGAACAUGUUCGACUUUAAAGAUUAUCACAACCAAUCAGCCUUUCCCCAGCUACCAUUUAAUGAGAACGACUCAGAAGAAAUGCUUCUCUAUGGAGUUCUUGCUGAGGCGCCAGCAGGAGAUCAGAACUCGUCGGAUUCAAUAGUAUCCUCCACUCACUCGAAAGACCAUGAAGAGGUGAAUUCUUCUAGUGCCACAGCUAACGAAGAUCAAGUGGUUGCUUAUAGAGGCGUUCGGCGGCGGCCAUGGGGAAAGUUUGCGGCUGAGAUAAGAGAUUCGACGCGAAACGGUGUUAGGGUUUGGUUGGGAACUUUUGACACGGCAGAGGCGGCGGCUCUGGCUUACGACCAAGCAGCACUUUCAAUGCGGGGGUCUUCGGCGGUCCUCAACUUUCCAGCUGACGUGGUUCAUCAGUCACUUGUGGAGAUGAAGUAUGGCUUUGAGGAGGGUUCGUCUCCGGUUUUGGCCUUAAAGACAAGGCACUCCAUGAAGAGAAAGUCAUCGAUGAACAAAAAGAAGAAAUCAUUGCAUCAUAAUCAGCAUCAAAAGAAUGAUGAAGAAGGUGAAGAUCAGUUGGAAAAAGUUGUGGUGUUUGAGGAUUUAGGCGCAGACUAUUUGGAGGAGCUACUCGGUAUAUCUGAGAGCUAACUAAGGUGGAAUGGUACAUCACGUCGCUUGAUAAUGAAUAAAACCUUCUCAAGUUAGUCGAGCCAGCUGUCCUUAAUCACAUUGGUCCAUCUGUGUCAAGUGUUAACCAUACCAUUUUUGGACCUUGUAUUUUUGUUACUAUUUUUGGGAAAGUAUGUGGAGUGGAGAAGAUGACGGUCAGUGGUCACCAUAGCCAACUAUUCCUUUCUUCUUAGAUAUUUCCUUUCUUCUUAGAUAUUGCCUUUCUUAUUCACUUUUCAUAAUUGCCUUGUAAAUUUUCAUAAUGGGUGAUCAAUAGAAAGCAUUUGGGUAGUAGUAUCCAUACACA